AUGCAGCCUCCAAUGCUGCCCAGAACGUUGAUUUUGGAUUACUAUGACUCAUACACAAAUAACCUGCUUUGUCUUUUCACCAAACUAUACGGCGAUGCGGAGGUACUAAACAAAGUCGUAGUUGUGAAAGCAGAUAGGUACACAUGGUCAGAAUUCAAGGAUCAAGUUUUACCUAACAUAGAUUGCGUGAUACUGUCUCCCGGUCCCGGUAGACCAGAUAACCCCUCUGAUAUUGGUUUCGCUCUUGACUUGCUUCGGACUCACCCCUUACCCAUCCUGGGUGUAUGUCUAGGACAUCAAGCGAUCGGAGCAGCUUUCGGCGCAAAAAUCUUAAACACCCCCCGGAUCACUCAUGGUCAUGUCGUCCCUAUUGUUCCGGUUUUCCCUCCAAUAGGAUUGUUCGAUUCACCGUUCUGGGCGUCAGCAGGAGAAAAAGACGUUUUCGAGGUGGUCGUAUACAACAGUCUGACGGUAGAUCCAGUUACUAUUCCUCAAGAGCUCGAAGUCACCGCGUGGUCAGUUCCUUCGCCCGAUCGACCUUCUACAAUACAAGGACUGAGGCACAAGGAAUUUCCAAUAUGGGGUGUGCAAUAUCACCCAGAGUCUAUAUCGUCUACUCGAGGAUCUACGCUGUUACAAUCGUUCCUUGCGAAUGUCAAUAGUCACCAUUCUUCCCCUUCGUCUUUCCCACCUCUUCCGCCCCACAUCAUCGCAUCAUGCGCGUACCGGGUAUCUGCUGCAUCUCGAUCUCGUCCAUCAUCCCGACUAUCUUCAGCGCUGCCCACUCCACCGAUCACACCUUCACAUUCCCGAGCGCCUUCUCGACUUGGGAUACGCAAUCGUGCAAUGAGAUUGGUAGAAAGAAGGCUUGGGGAUAUGGGCAAGCACUUAAGAACGCAAGAUGUUUUUGAGAGCCUAUCGAAGGACGAAACAAGAUCUAGGAAGGGAAAGGAAAAAGCAAUUGGACAAAUCUGGUUGGAUGGGCAAACUCCAACUAGACUGACGACAGCAUCACUAGCUACUCCGUCGUUUCUUGUGACUUACUGCCUAUCGACCAGAACUAUAUCUCUUCACAGGUCAUCCCUGCCUGUUGCCGAGCUCGUCUUGUCUGAUUCAACCACAUUCUGGGACUGGUUUUCGGCAGGGUCACAAGCCCUCACAGCACUUCUUCAAUUAUCAGCGGGAUCGGGUUGGAGAGGAGGUUGGGUCGGAUUUUUCGGAUAUGAGAUGAAAGCGGAGUCACUGCAAGGUUACAAGCGGCCUCCGCGUUCAGAGUACGCUGCAGGUGAAGGUGAAGAAGUGGAUGCUUGCUGGGGAUGGGUGGACCGAUUGACGGAGAGAACCAGCGAAGGAGAAUGGAUUGCGCGUGGAAUUAUUCGAGGGGAUACCAAUCCCGUGAAUGAGGACAUUGAUGGGGAAAUCGAAGAUGUCUCAAUGAUCGAUUGGCUGAGAUCACAAGAUAUCUCAUUUGGAGCAACUAGGGAAGAAUGGGAAGAUUACGUUGCGGAGAUCGAGCAAAAUAUCAAUGACCCGGCUCAGGCAUCAAUCGAUCCUGCCUCAACUUUUCCUGCUUUUCGUCCGAAUGCAACGGGGUCGGAUUACCGAGAGCGCAUUGAUGCGUGCCGAGAAGCUAUUCGACAAGGUGAAUCAUAUGAGCUCACUCUCACAACUCGAUUUCAAGCAUCAUCAUCACAGCUGGACCCAUAUUCACUUUAUCUUCGCUUGAGGACUUUCAACCCGGCAUAUUACUCAACUUAUCUGCAUUUCCCUACUAUCAAUACGCCACGAGGUCGAGGGCUGUCUAUCCUCUCUUCGAGUCCAGAAAGGUUCUUGAAAAUCGAUAAAAGCAGAAGAGUGGAAAUGAUGCCUAUCAAAGGAACCAGGGCCAGGAUAAAGCCUGGACACUGCGCUUGCACUCCUACUACAGGAUGUAGAGGAACAGAUAAGGGGAGCACAGCUUGCGUAGAAGAAGCCAGAAGGGUUGACCAGAAGAUAGGAGAAGAACUCCGCACAGAUCAGAAGGAAAGGGCAGAGAAUCUGAUGAUUGUCGACCUCAUUCGGUCAGAUCUCCUAUCAUGCUGUACACCGUCGACUGUUUCUGUUCCCAGACUCAUCGCCUUGGAAUCGUACGGUGUACAUAACCUCGUCACAACAGUGCAAGGCACAUUAGCAGAAAACGUAGGUAGCGUUGAGUGUGUCAGGCGUUGCUUCCCUCCUGGGUCGAUGACUGGGGCACCCAAAUUGAGGUCUGUACAGAUGCUCGACGACUUCGAGGGCGAAAAAAGAAGAGGAAUAUACUCUGGUGCUCUGGGUUAUUUCUCGAUCGAUGGGGUAUCAGAUCUUAGCGUCGUCAUUCGAACUAUUGUAUCUGAAGGUGAUCAACUAAGCAUUGGAGCCGGAGGAGCGAUCACUUGGUUGUCGGAUAGGGAUAGGGAAUGGGAGGAAGUUUUGACUAAAGUUGGCAGUGUAGUUGGUAAGCUGCAAGGUGCAGAAUAA